AUGGCAGACGCUCUGCGGCGAAUAUAUGUCGGCUCGAUGUCGAAGCUACUUGCAGAAAAUCCCCGAGACCUGGAACAACGAUUUGAGAAGUUUGGGAAAGUAGUUCAUGGAUUUGAGGUCCACCAUAAAGAGGUGCUAGACUACUAUUAUGGAUACAUCACAAUGCAAAUCCCUGAGGAUCAAUUCAAGAAGCUCAAGCGCUCUUUUAAUGGUGUCACCUACAAGGGAUUAAAGCUUGCCAUACAGGAAGCUAGACCGGAUUACAAAGAAAGAUGGCUCAAGGACAAUCGCAGACAAGAUACUAAAAUCAAAGAUAGACAGAUUAGAGAACGCAUAGCGCAAUGCCGACUAGAGAGAAUUGCUCAAAGGGAUAUGAACCCAUUUGAGCUCUUAAAAAUAGAGAAAGGAAGACUGAGAAGAACCCCUAGAAAGACAAGUCUAGCCAAAUUGUCGAUGAGAGCGUACAUCAAGGGCACCCUAAAGAUAGUGAGAGCCCGCAAAACCAAGGUAUGGGGUUACAACAAGAACAAGCACCCUGUGGAUCUUGUGUGGAGAUACAUUGACGGCGAAUGGAGAGAUGGUAACGAUCAUACCGUGGAGAAAGUGAAGGCAGACUUCACUAUGGGAGAGACAGAAAAGGAAAUCAAAGACGAGAAAGAGCGCACAAACAAAAUGUUGGAGUCCUGGAUGGGAUCUUUUGACUUUAAUAAGCCGAUUGAUCUUAGUGACGACGAAGAGCUCGAACGUAUGCCCGUUUCCAGAGAUCGCGAAUCCCAAGCUACGACCGACGUUUCAGACAAAGAACGGGCGGUUGUCAUUUUCGAUGAAGAGAACGGGGUCGUGUCAACCUCAAAUGAGCCGAAAGAUGAUGAUGAUGAUGUGGAUACCGAGUUUUUGCCAUCCUUCCUGCAAAAAUCAAAGCCAGUCGAACAGAAGGAAGAGCCAGCUGUUCCGGACAAAACAACGGAAGUUCUGCGAACGUUGCUGAACCCAGCAGAGCCGGUCAAACAGCCUGAAUACGUGGCAUCCGAAGUGGUAGCUCCUGCUACAGGUUCCAAAAAAUACGGGCUCUUUUUCUCGCACUCGAAGUCACCUUUCCUCAAUGCCCAGACACAGCUGGCAACCUUGAAGGCUGUCGACAUUGGAGAUGAAUACGAUAAAUGGUUUUGGGAGAGUCGUGGAGACUUGAACAGAUACUUCAGGAGACGGCGCAGAGACGUUCUUCGACAGGCAAAGAAAGGAGGCCGCGUGGCUCUGAUUUAG